AUGACCGGGGAUAAAUCCAAGUUCACCUCAUUAAGGCUAAAAUAUGGUGGAUACAUUACAUUCGGAGACAACGCCAAAGGAAAAAUCAUUGGGAUCAGUAAGAUUGGUAAAGAGUCUUCUCUCACGAUUGAUGAUGUGUUACAAGUCAGGGCAGAAAUAAGGAAGGAUGCUAGAGAAAAGAACUGCCCAACUGCAGAUAAGGGUAGUAGCAUCAAGGAGUUCAUGAGAAUGAAGCCUCUAGCCUUUGUAGGAGGACUUGAUCAAGUGGCUAAAGAGAAAUGGGUACAGGAGAUAGAAGAGAUAUUGGAGGUACUCAGCUGCACGGAUGAACAAAAGGUCCGUUAUGCCGCAUUUAAGAUGAUUGGAGAUUUAAAACGUUGGUGGCUUUCUGUGAAGCUACUAGAGGAACAGAUUUUGGUAAAGAUAGCUCUGACAUGGGAGAGAUUAAAGGAGCUAUUCUUUGAAAGGUAUUUUUCCUUAUCUAACAGAGAGAAAAAGAUUGAGGAAAUCACUAAUCUGAUCCAAGGGGAUAUGAUCAUUGCGGAGUGUGCAGCGAAAUUUGUGGACCUUUCUUGUUUCGCACCAUUUCUAAUUUCGAACAAAGUUCAGAAUUUCUCAAAUUUGGUAGAUAAGGCUUCGGUGCUGGAGAAGAGCAUCCAGAGCGGCACAGAGCCUGCAGAGCAGAAAAAGAGGGCUAGUUCUUCUCAGAGUGUUGAUCCCAUGGAUAUCAGCUUUGCCUCUCGUAGUGAUGAUACAUCUGAUGAAGAAUCUGAAGAAGGAAGUGAAGAGGGUACUGAAGAAGAUGCUGCAGCUGAUGAUGAUAAUGCUUCUAAUGCUGAUUGA